AUGACGGUACACCCGUCCGCAGUCACUCUCCCCUCUCAUCACAACGGACCAGCUCUAGGUGUUCAGCAGCCCUCUCUCCUGGGAGCCUCUCCUUCAAUGUACUCACAGCAGUCUGCUCUGGCGGCAGCAUCACUAAACACUCAGUCUGCAGCCAACUACCAGCUGUCUCAGCAGACUGCAGCUCUGCAGCAGCAGGCUGCGGCUGCAGCAGCAGCAGCUCUUCAGCAGUCGCAGAUCAAUUCAGCCCUACAACAGUAUCAGCAGCAGCCUCAGCCACAACAACCCCCUCCGCAGCAGCUCUACAAUGUUCCACAUCAGCUUCCCCAACCCCAGCAAGCACUUAUGUCUCAGCCUCCUGUUCCCUUGCAAACGAGCAUGAGCCUUUCCAACCCGCAGCAGACUGCUCAGAUAACAGUUUCCUAUCCAACACCACGCUCUAGUCAUCAGCAACAGGCACAGCCCCAGAAGCAGCGGGUUUUCACUGGGGUGGUCAACAAACUGCACGAUACAUUUGGUUUUGUGGAUGAAGAUGUAUUCUUUCAGCUGAGUGCUGUAAAGGGGAAAACGCCACAAGUGGGCGACAGGGUCCUUGUUGAAGCAGUAUACAACCCAAACAUGCCCUUCAAGUGGAAUGCCCAGCGCAUCCAGACCCUACCUCAGCUUGGUAACCAGACGGGUCAAGCUCCAAAUAUGAUGAAGUCUGGCCCACCCAUGCUGCAGUCUAUGCCUCCUGUUCCAGUCCCACCGCCCCCUCCCUCACUCCUGCAGGCUCAGCUCUCUGCUGCCUCUUUGGCUCCACUCCUUCAGAACCCUCCUCAGCCUCUGCUACCACAGCCCCCGCCAAAAGAUGUGUUUAGCAGUGGCCUGCUUCAGCCACCUGUGAGAAUGAUGGCACAGCCACAGCCAGUAAGGAGGAUAGAGCCGCCUCCUCGCUUCACCAACCGUAAUGAUCGAGGACCUGAGCUCAUCCUGCGCCCCAAGGAGGAGCGCAGGGAGCGCGAGCGGCGAAGGUCACGAGAACGUUCACAGACACGUAAACGCUCUAGAGACCGCUCCCCCAGAAGAGAACGUUCACCACGGCGGCCGCGCAAGGCAGCACCCCGCUACACUGUGCAGUUCUCAAAGUUCAGCUUGGAUGGCACAAGCUGUGACAUGAUGGAACUACGCAGGCGUUACCAGAGCCUUUACAUCCCCAGUGACUUCUUUGACGCAGCCUUCACUUGGGUGGACGCUUUCCCUUUGGCCAGACCUUUUCAGCUAAGCAACACAUGCAACUUUCACAUCCUUCACAAAGAGGUUGAUCCUUUGGCCAAGAACACAGCUGUUUUGGACCCACCUGAUGCAAAUCACAACUUCAGUGCUAAGGUAAUGCUACUGGCUACCCCCAGUAUUGAGGAACUCUAUCACAAGUCCUGUGCUUUAGCAGAGGAUGCUCAGGAGAUCAGAGACUCUUUCCAGCAUCCUGCCAGACUUGUCAAGUUUUUGGUGGGCAUGAGAGGCAAAGAUGAGGCCAUGGCCAUAGGUGGUCACUGGUCUCCCUCUUUGGAUGGAGCUGACCCGGAGAAGGACCCCUCUGUGCUUAUAAAGACAGCCAUACGCUGUUGCAAGGCGCUCACAGGCAUAGAUCUUGGUCUGUGCACCCAGUGGUAUCGAUUUGCAGAGAUCCGUUAUCACCGGCCGGAGGAGACCCACAAGGGGCGGACUGUUCCCGCUCAUGUGGAGACAGUGGUUUUGUUUCUGCCGGAUGUUUGGCAUUGUCUUCCCACCCGCUCAGAGUGGGAUGUGCUGUCACGGCGACUCCGGGAGCAGCUGGCUGAGAAGCUGUCGGCCGAGCGCAAGGAGGCGGAUGGAGAACAGGAGGAAGACGACAAAGAUGACGGCGAGUCUAAGGAUGUCACUGUCCCCACACACUGGACCAAACUGGACCCCAAGUCCAUGAAGGUGAGCGAUCUACGGAAAGAGCUGGAUUGCCGCUCUUUAAGUUCCAAAGGCUUGAAGUCCCAGCUGAUCGCACGUCUCACGAAGCAGCUGAAGGUUGAGGAGCAGGUGGAGGAAUCCAAAGAGCCUGAAAUAGUAGAGCCCAUAAUUCCUCUGCUAGAGGAGCCUGUUUGCACUGAGGAAAAUAAAGAGGAAGAGGAGAAAAAAAAAAUGGAGGAGCUGGAGCGCCACCGCAGAGAGCGACGUUACGUCCUUCCAGAGGAGCCUACUAUCCUGGUGCACCCCAACUGGGCGGCCAAGAAUGGCAAGUUUGACUGCAGCGUCAUGUCUCUGAGCGUGCUGCUGGACUACAGACUAGAGGACAACAAGGAGCACUCCUUUGAGGUUUCACUCUUUGCUGAGCUUUUUAAUGAAAUGCUACAGCGAGACUUCGGAUUUAGAAUUUAUAAAGCUCUGGCUGCACUCCCCGCAAAAGAUGAAAAGAAGGAAAAGAAGGUAAAAAAUUCAGAAAAGAAAGAGGUUGAAAAACGUGAAAUCAAAAAGGAGAAAGAUGAUGAAGAACCGGUCACAAAGAAGGCCAAGGAGGAUGAAGAUAAACGCAAGCCUGUGGAAAAGGUGACGAAAAAGGAGGAUUCUAAAGAUGAAGAAGACAAUGAAGAGGAAGGCAGCACUGCUAACGCCGAAGAGUAUGACCCUCUAGAGGCCGAGGAGGCUGAGGACGAUGAUGAAGACGAUGAAGUGGAUUCUAAUGGCCGGGAUAAGAAGGAACAAAAGGAUGACCGCAAGUCCUCCAAAGAGCGUUGCUCUAAAGACAAGGAGAAAAAACCGAUGAUGACUUAUAACCGAGAGCUGCUGAUGGCGUUUGUGUACUUUGACCAGUCUCACUGUGGCUACCUGUUGGAGCGGGACCUGGAGGAAAUCCUGUACACGUUAGGACUGCACCUCUCCAGAGCUCAGGUAAAAAAGCUGCUGAACAAACCUGUAGUGCGAGAGUCCUGCUACUACCGCAAACUCACAGACAAAGGAAAGGAUGAUCCUUCUCCAUCGUCCUCAGACGUGCACGUGGAAAACCUGCUCGGUAACAAGGCGCUGCUUCCUGCUCUCAUGGCCCGGCCUCAGGCUGAGAGCAGUGAGUCUGGAGGUCUGAUUGUGUACAAUGGGGCCAUGGUAGAUGUGGGCAGCAUGAUGCAAAAACUGGAGAAAAGCGAUAAGGCGCGAGACGAUAUCGAACAGAAACUCUUUUUUCAGGACAACAAAAUGGAGAAGGAUGUCAAAGUGAUAACACAGUUGGAGCAGGCUAACAAAGCCUUGUCCAAAGAGCUGGAGGAGGUGAAGGACUCGCUGAGCCAAGCUAAAGAUGCUCUGAAGUCUUCCGAGGAACAGAAGCGGGUGUAUCACACUCACAUGAGCAAAACCUCCACCACCCUGCUCUCCACAGCGAAGGAGCUGCUGACCGUGCUCAAGAAGGAUCAGGACCUGGAGGAGGCUGACAAACUGUCAACUGAGCUUCAAAACGGCUCCAAACACGAAAGCUAA